UUCAAUAUUUUGAUUUUGUAGCUCUGAGAAAAUGGUGAAUAUUUGGUGCAUCUUUUAUGUGUUUUCAUUAAUUAUCAUGCGUGUAUGAGUUGCUAUGAUGGUAAUAUUUGAAAUAGUCAAAAUAUAACAGAAAGAAACAUGGCAUCCUUUACACAAAUGCCAGAAGUUAUAGUACCAACACAAAAUGAGAACCUAGAAAAAGUUACUGAAGUUCCAAAGAAGAAAUCUAAAGGACACCGUUGUUAUUUUUGUGGACAAAAGUUCAUGGACAAAAAUAUUCUAAGAAAGCAUAUUAGUAUUCAUAAAGACCGUGACUUCUUUUGUGAAGUAUGUGGAAAAGCAUUCUCCGCAGCAUGGGGUUUACGUAAGCACAUGAAAACUCACACUGGUGAGCGUCCAUAUCAGUGUGAACAUUGUGACAAAGCUUUUGUUCAAAAGUGUACACUACAAUUUCACGUGAAAGCAAUUCAUGGAAACAAACCACACCCUAAAUGUAAAACAUGUGGUAAAAGAUUGAAGUCAUUUUCUUACUUACAAUGCUGGCUGUGCAGAUAUGAGGGUAAAGAAGUUCAAGGUGAUGGUGAUAAUCAGUUGCAGCAAAUUGAGCAAUAUUCAACUGAUAAGUUAAGCAACUGUGAUGUCCAGUCUGUAGAGUUUGUAGAUCUAGAUUCUAGUUUAUGUAGAGAAGGUGAAACAGUUGAUGUUAUGACCAUGAAUCCUGUCAUGAAUGAAUUAAAUUUAGAGAAAAUGCAAGAAAAUGGUACUUUUAUAUGUGAAACUUGUAAUAAAGAAAGUGCUACUUUAGCUGAGUUAAGACAACAUCAAAUUGAGCAUGGCCAUCAACAGUUACUUUCUUGUGAACACUGUGAUUUAAAAUUUACUAGUUCAUUUUCAAUGAAAAAACAUUUAAUCACACACACUGAUUUACGCCCAUUUGUCUGUCAAAAAUGUGGAAAAGAUUUUAAAAGAGAUUACAAUUUAAGGCAGCAUAUGAUUACCCAUAAGGAAGAUCGUCCGUAUAUAUGCAAGAUUUGUAAAAGCGCUUUUAAAUCUGUACCUACUUUAAAACAACAUUUAGUGAGUCAUAGUAGUGAUCGUCCAUAUAUUUGUAAAGAUUGUGGUAGUGGAUUCAAAUCAUCCCAAGGCCUAAGAACACAUGUUGUGAUACAUUACAAAGUAAAGCCAUUAUCUUGCAAAACCUGUGGAAAGACAUUUACUUUCUUGGGUAAUUUGCAGCGACAUUAUCGUGUUCAUACUGGUGAAAAGCCAUACCAGUGUAAAGUAUGUGAUAAAAGAUUUUCUCAGUCUAAUGGUUUGAAAGCACAUGAACUCACUCACAGAAAACCAGCAAGAUCGUUAGAAAUAUUUACUUGUACUGUAUGUGGCAAAAAAUUCAAGUCAUUUUCUCAUUAUAAAAGACAUAUGCAAUUGCAUUAAUACUUGUGCAAUUGCUCUUUAUUAUGGUGAUGAUUUUGAAAUACUAAUAAGCUGAUUAAAUGUCAGAAGAAGAGUUUGUUUAAAUAGCAUGAAAGUGACCUUUCAGAAGUAAAAACAUAAUAUUUAACUACACAGUAUAAAAUGUGUACAUUUUUUAUAGAUAUUAUUAAUAGGCUUAGGCUAUUAUACGUUAUAUAUAAUUAAUGAAUUAUUUUCAAAAGCUGUUUCAAUUGAGGUGCUAAAAGGUAAACUUUCACUUGACCUGAUAUGUAUAUGUUUUUAAAAAAUAUUUUUUUUAAAAUCUAACAUUGUUUUCUAUUUACUUAUGCGAGUGUGUAUAUUAUAUAUAUAUUGUACAUAAUUAUUUGUAUAGAUAUAAGUAAUUGUUUUCAAUUUAUCUGGACAAAAGUUGUCCUUAUUGUAUAAAUGAUAAAAUAAUGAAGAAUAUAUGUGUUGGACCUGGAGUUGGAAAAUUGGAACUUUCUUUGACAGGCAGAAUUUUUUUAAAAACAAAUUAAUCUCAGUUUGUUUAUUAAAAUUUAAGUAAAAUUUGCUUGGUAAUUUAAGAUAUUAUAGCACUAAAGUGUUUUUUACGCCAACCAAAAAUUUAAAAGCUAUUUUUUUAUGGUUAUAGGUUAUGGCAGUUAUUUAAUUUUUCACCAAUUUAGUAAUUUGAGGAUAUUUUGCUUAUUUUUUUUAACUAUGUUUUUCAUUGCUGUAAAGAAUUAAUUUGAUGAUUGACAAAUCAUGUUCAGUAUUACAAAAGCUUGAAUUGAAUGUUUCUUUACUUGCUGAUAUAUAAGAUAUAAAAAUUUAUAUAAUUUGUUUCUGAAUAUUACUGC